AUGACCGACGCUCUAGCGCUCCAUCCCCCUACAACCCUCCUCGAUGCCCUGUGCACCUGCAUCACCGAGAAAAUCCAUCCCCUCUCCGCGCCCGCCGUCGCCGCCGGCUCAAAGCUCUUUGGCGCCGCAAUUCUCCUAAAAUCCGAUCUCAGCGUCGUCUACGCUGACACAAAUCAGGAGCGGGGAUCCCCGCUCUGGCACGGUGAAACAUGGACACUCAAGCAGUUCUUCGAGAUUCCCGCUGAUCAACGACCCGACGUGAAAGACUGCUUGUUUCUCACAACACACGAACCCUGCUCGUUGUGUCUGUCGGCAAUUCUGUGGAGUGGAUUCGACAACUUCAUUUAUAUGUAUACGUAUGAAGAGACGCAUUAUGUAUUUGAGUGCCAUGGAGAUUUGGACAUCUUCAAUGACGUGUUCAAUGUACGUGAGGGGGAGGUUGCGAGGCAGGCGAGCUUGGAUGGAAAACAAGGACAGGUUAGGCCGCAGUAUAAACUCAGGAGCGAGCGGUUGGUUGCGUUGAGCUUUGCGGAGAUUUUGGCGGCUAUUGAGGAUAGGGAGAAGCAGGCGGAAUAUGCGGCGAAGGUGGAAGCUGUGAAAAAGAGUUAUGGCAGGCUUUCCGAGGCGUAUAGGAGGAACAUGGGCGUUGAAUGA